AUGGGCGAAGCAGCUGAAAAUAUUCUGCAGUGUCGUGCUGAGAUUUUAAUGGACCAAACAACAUCUGAAACUUCACCAAAUCUGAGUGAGAUUGUUCGUGCAAAAAUAGAUAAAGACCAUGCAUUCUAUGUAAAGGCAAUACUGUUGCUACCAAAUCCCGCUGAAUUCAGCACUGCCGUACAAAAACAGUUAAACUCAGCGGACCAUAAUAAUAAUGGUGGUAUUGAUGGUAGUGAACAGGUGGUGGCUGGGCCACGCUGUGCACCGACCUAUACGGUGGUGAAUGUGAUAAUUGAGAAGAAUGGGGACGGACCGGGCCCCAGGUGUGGCCACACACUUACAGCUGUACCGGCUGUUGGGGAGGAGGGAACUCCUGGAUAUAUUGGCCCGAGAUUAAUUCUAUUCGGUGGUGCUACAGCACUUGAAGGAAAUUCCGCGGCCUCGGGAACUCCUCCUUCGGCUGGAAGUGCCGGAAUUCGGUUGGCUGGGGCCACUGCUGAUGUGCAUUCUUAUGAUGUCUUGACGAAUAAAUGGUCUCGAAUUACCCCAAUUGGAGAACCACCCUCACCAAGGGCGGCACACGUGGCAACUGCGGUCGGUACUAUGGUUGUUAUUCAGGGUGGAAUUGGUCCAGCUGGUCUUUCUGCAGAAGAUCUUCAUGUACUGGACCUCACACAACAACGACCACGUUGGCAUAGGGUUGCGGUACAAGGCCCUGGACCAGGACCACGCUAUGGGCAUGUCAUGGCUUUGGUGGGACAACGAUAUCUCAUGGCAAUUGGUGGAAAUGAUGGAAAAAGAGCUUUAGCUGAUGUAUGGGCACUAGACACAGCUGCCAAACCAUAUGAAUGGCGGAAACUGGAACCACAGGGUGAAGGCCCGCCUCCAUGUAUGUACGCAACUGCAAGUGCACGAUCUGAUGGUCUUCUUCUACUUUGUGGAGGGAGGGACGCAAAUAGCGUGCCAUUGGCUAGUGCUUAUGGGCUUGCCAAACAUAGAGAUGGUCGUUGGGAAUGGGCUAUUGCUCCUGGGGUCUCACCAUCUCCCAGAUAUCAACAUGCUGCAGUUUUUGUUAAUGCUCGUCUUCAUGUAUCUGGCGGGGCCCUUGGUGGUGGACGUAUGGUGGAGGACUUGUCAAGUGUGGCUGUUCUGGAUACUGCCGCGGGAGUUUGGUGUGAUACAAAGUCUGUUGUUACUAGCCCGAGGACUGGCAAAUACAGUGCUGAUGCUGCCGGUGGAGGUGCAGAAGUUGAAUUGACGAGGCGCUGUAGGCAUACCGCAGCUGCUGUUGGUGACUUGAUUUUCAUGUAUGGUGGUCUACGCGGUGGAGUGUUGCUUGAUGACUUGCUUGUCGCUGAAGAUCUGGCUGCUGCUGAAACAACUAGUGCAGCUUCUCAUGCAGCUGCAGCAUCUGCUACGUAUAAUGUACAGCUAGGGAAGUUUCCUGGUAAAUAUGGAUUUGCUGAUGAGAGAAUAAGGCCACCGGUUUCUGAUGCUGCCGCUGAUGGUGCAGUUGUGGUGGGAAGUCCUGUAGCUCCCUCUGUAAAUGGUGAUAUGUUUACAGAUAUAAGCACAGAAAAUACAAUGAUCCUAGGUUCCCGAAGACAAAACAAAGGGGUUGAGUACUUGGUAGAGGCUGCAGCUGCUGAAGCCGAAGCUAUUACUGCUACAUUAGCUGCCGCUAAAGCCCGACAAGUUAAUGGAGAAAUCGAGCUGCCAGAUAGAGAUCGAGGGGCAGAGGCAACCCCUAGUGGUCAUAUAGCUCUGCCUGAUUUGGCUUCAUCAAAUAGCUCUGCUCCAGCUGGAGUUAGGCUUCAUCAUCGUGCUGUUGUUAUAGCUGCCGAGACUGGUGGAGCUUUAGGUGGCAUGGUCAGACAGCUUUCUAUCGAUCAGUUUGAAAACGAAGGCCGACGAGUCAGUUAUGGAACCCCAGAAAAUGCCACAGCAGCAAGGAAACUUUUUGAUCGACAAAUGUCUAUUAACAGUGUACCCAAAAAGGUGAUUGCUCAUCUUCUGAAACCUCGUGGCUGGAAGCCUCCAGUUCGUAGGCAGUUUUUCUUGGAUAGCGAUGAGAUAGCAGAUCUUUGUGAUAGUGCUGAGAGAAUAUUUGCUAGUGAACCUACUGUUCUACAGCUGAAGGCUCCUAUUAAAAUAUUUGGAGAUUUGCACGGGCAAUUUGGGGAUCUUAUGCGUCUUUUUGACGAGUAUGGAUCUCCUUCAACUGCUGGAGAUAUAGCAUAUAUAGAUUAUCUCUUCUUGGGAGAUUAUGUUGAUCGCGGCCAACACAGCUUGGAAACCAUAACUCUUCUCCUAGCUUUGAAGGUUGGGCAUCCCCAUCAAAUACAUUUAAUUCGUGGAAAUCAUGAAGCUGCAGAUAUCAAUGCACUUUUUGGCUUUCGAAUUGAGUGCAUUGAACGCAUGGGUGAGAGAGAUGGAAUCUGGGCAUGGCAGCGGAUAAACAGAUUGUUCAACUGGCUUCCUCUGGCAGCAUUAAUUGAGAAAAAAAUUAUUUGUAUGCAUGGUGGUAUUGGAAGAUCAAUGAACCAUGUGGAACAAAUUGAGAAUAUUCAGCGUCCAAUUUCAAUGGAAGCAGGAUCAAUUGUCCUUAUGGAUUUGUUGUGGUCUGAUCCCACGGAAAAUGACAGUGUGGAAGGAUUACGACCAAAUGCAAGAGGUCCUGGAUUAGUUACCUUUGGGCCUGAUCGUGUAAUGGAAUUUUGUAAUAACAAUGAUCUUCAAUUGAUUGUUCGAGCACAUGAAUGUGUGAUGGAUGGAUUUGAAAGAUUUGCUCAGGGUCAUUUAAUUACUCUCUUUUCAGCCACAAAUUACUGCGGUACUGCAAAUAAUGCUGGUGCUAUAUUGGUUUUGGGUAGAGAUUUAGUGGUGGUUCCAAAACUUAUUCAUCCGUUGCCACCUGCAAUUUCAUCUCCGGAAACCUCUCCCGAUCACCAUACAGAAGCUACGUGGAUGCAGGAGCUUAAUGCUAACAGACCACCAACGCCAACUAGAGGGCGUCCACAAGUUACUAGUGACCAAGGUUCUGUAGCUUGGAUCUAG